AUGUAUUUUAGUACGAUUGUUUUUAUUGUUCUCAAUCUUGUAUUGAGUUCAAAUAGUGGUGAUCUCUAUCCGAGUUAUAAUCUAUCAAUUGAUCCAAUGAAAGCCUUUGAAUGGUCAGACAGCCCAGCACUUGUUUAUAUAAAAACUGUUCGAUUGUUUGAUUAUGACCAUCAUAUAUUUCAAUAUCGACGUUAUCCAUGUCAAUUUUUUUAUACUGAUGAAAUUCAAUUAUUUUAUAAUAAUGAAACAUUAAAUCAAUGUUUGUAUAAUACAACAAAAAGUGAUUAUGAAUAUAGUUUUCAACUUCAUUUUGAUUCACGUCAUGUUGAACCAUAUAUUUUGCGAAAUAUUGCUAUUCAAUGUAAUUAUAUUAAUUGCAGUCUUUCAUUAUUAAACAUGACAUAUGUAAAUAUUGGCUGGAAUUUAAGAGGUAGAGAAAAUAAUCCAGAUUGUUCAUUUGACAUUGAUCAACCAUAUAAUAUUACUCGUACACCAUAUACUGUGUCGGAAAUUAUUACACUUCGAUGUAAAUCCUUAUCAGCUUGUAAUCGUUCAAAAUCAAAUAUAGAACAAUUUCUUUCAUUAUAUAUUCGAUUAAUCUAUGGUUCAUCUUACGAACUUCAAAUGCCUUAUUGUUCAUUAGAAAAAAGUCUCAGUCAUGUUAUAAAUACAAAUUUUGUACAAACAAAUAGUCUUUUACAACAAAUAAUUGAACUUAUGCAACGAGGUUCUGGCAAAGCAGAUGGAAGUGAACAAGAAAAAAUAAAAGAAUCUGUUGAACAUGUUUCAACAACAACAAAUGAUACCUUGAAUAGCUGA